AUGAAGGUCACCACCACGAUGCUCGCCCUCAUGGGCGCGGCUGCCGCUGUCCCGCAGUACGGUUACUCAGCCUCAGCUCCGGCUGACGAGCCCUCUUCUUCGCCUGACAAGUCCACAGAGGUCUGGUAUCCUGCCAAGUCUUCCGCGGACAAGCACUACACCCCUUACCCCACCAAGUCCGAGGAGAAGCCCAUCUACACUCCCAAGCCGACUCCUGCGUACUCGGAGAACUACCCAGCUUACCCGGUCGAGUCCUCGACCUCGGAGGACGAGUACGCUUACAAGUCUCCGGACGUGAAGAGCUACCCCGUCUACACUCCCACGCCUUCCAAGUACGAGGAGUACCCAACAUACGAUUUUUCGUCAACUGAGUACCCUCACCCGCCCCCCAAGUCUUCUGACUACUAUGCGCCCCCGCCGCCGAAACCCACCACGGGCUACCCGGCGCCUUCGGAGUCGACCGA